UCGACUAUGAAAACUUGCCCAGAAAUGGAACGUACAUUCUCCUGCGACUUCUCUCAGCUCGUCUCUGACAACGCACAUCCACCUAUACAUUGACAUCAACCUACGCUGCUGCCUACGCGCGCACAGAACUUGAAUAUAUUCUCUACAGCAAAGACCGCCUGUAUUGCGACACUGUAAUCCCUCCACCGGAUCUAUCGCGAUGCAUGACCUCAGAAAGAAGGCUCUAUUGGAGAGCGGGAAAACCGUGUCGAAGAAGGCGAAAAGCAAGGAAAGCACACCGCCGCUCAGUCGCGGCAACACGCCAAUAACGUCGCCGCGUGGCUCUCGAGUUGCAAGUAGAAAUGUGUCGGACGACGAGAGCGAAUACAGUGAUUGGGGCAACAACAGCAUCGACGACUUGAUCGCACCGAGCGAAUACGAGGAAGAUGCAGAGCCAGACGCUUGGAUCGGCAGCCUCGAGGAGCGCAUAGAGGCGAUAUGCGAUCGUAAACGCAGCUCGACCGAAGGACGAGAAGAGACGAUGCGCGGCUUUUGCAGCACCUUGACUCGACACUAUGCGCAGGCCGAGAUCGAGCCCAAGAUCAAUGGUCUCUUGCCGGCACUGCUCAAAAGCGUGAAGUCUGGUCAGAGCGAGCGCGAGAUCGAGUUUGCGCUCAAAGCUAUUGCCCUGAUCCUCAUCACGGACCCAUCCGAGACCAUCUACGACGCUGUUCGUGAUGUGUUCAAGAACACGAUCAACGACUCGCCCUAUUCUGCUGCCAAGAUCGCGGCGAUACAUGCCUUGAGCGUGGCAACAUUCUACGGUGGAGCAGCAGAAGAGGAGGUGGGAGAGAUCAUGGACUUUUUCUUGGACAUUGCUUCUUCGGACGGUGCAGUGAUCGAGGAGGCAGACAAUGCGCACGCAGUCAUUGCAGCGCUCGAGGAGUGGGGUUUCCUUGCGACCCAGCUCGAAGACGUUGAGGAUGUGACAGAGGCUGCGAUGGAUACAUUUGUGGAUCAGCUUGAUAGCAGCGAUGCCAAUGUUCAGAUCGCAGCUGGUGACAACAUCGCGCUGCUGUUUGAGAAGAGUUACACCGAAGCCGAGUCUGACGACGAGCCGGAGGAUAUCGAGGAGGAUGAGGAAGACAAUACCAACUUGCCUCGCAUGGUCAAGCGCUACACGGUAUAUCGCCAGACUCACCAGUUGCAGCAGCAGCUGGAGGCCCUUUCAAAGGCAUCCUCGAAGCGCAUCUCGAAGAAGGAUCGGAAGAACCUGCAUUUGUCCUUCAAUGACGUUCUCAGCACCGUGGAGAACCCCAAACGUGGGCCACGCUAUAGUACAGCCCUGGAUCCAGAUGGUCGACAAUAUGGCUCCCGGCUGAGAGUCGCUGUACACGGCGGCAAAAUGACCAUCGACAAGUGGUGGAAGUUACACCGACUCAACGCGUUGAAGCGGCUGCUGCAAGGCGGCUUCAUGGCCCACUAUGAGUCGAAUCGGACUGUCUUUGAUAGCUUGCCGGAUGUGACCGAGAUUAUCGGAAGCAAGAAGGUUGACCUGGGCUUCAAGGCCAUGAUUCAUACUCUGGUGAAUCGCUCUGGGCGCAACACACAUAUCAUCGCUGAAACUCGUGCUAAGCUGCGAAGGCUCGCGACUUCCCAAUCUAGAGUAUUGGCUCGCUGCUCGACGAGCCGUUCACUGGCGUGGUCUACCUCAAGGAUUCCGGAAUCACGCCAAACUUUCACACGCUGAAGGGCAAGCGUAUUGGCCAUGUCGGCGAAUUCGGCAAGAUCCAGAUCGAUGAGCUCACUUCUCACUACGGCAUGUCUCCCUCGGACUAUACUGCCAUCUGAUGCGGCAUGAACGUGUCCAAAGCCAUCAUCGAAGGAGAGAUCGACGCUGGCAUUGGCCUCGAAAACGUUCAGAUGGUUGAACUUGCCGAAUGCCCCUCUUCGCAAGGCCG